AUGGCUACCAUGACAGCUGUGAUGGAGCUAGGCGUUGCCAUCCGCCUGGCCGAUCACGAGCAAUGGACGGGUGUUAUUGUUCAUGCGCGACAUGUUAUCGUUGGCACUGACACGGAGCUUCGAGUUGGUGUCAUCAGAAUCGGUGGCCUAGGUGCACUAACGGUGCAGUUCCUAAAAGCGUUCGGCCACCAGGUCGUCGCUAUCGACAAUCGACAAGAAGGCCUCGAUCUCUCCACCGAACUCCCCCUGAAAGCCGAUCUAGUCGUCCAUCGAGACUCCGAAACAGCUGUCCAGGAGGUCAUGCGAUUGUCAGAGAACAAGGGCCUUGCGGCUGUGGUCAUUUUCUCGGUCUGCCGACGGACGCGUUGA